AUGAUCAUGGGAGGCCUCCUAGACGGGAGACCGCGACAACUUACCAUAUCAGCUAUCAAGGAGUACGAGCGAAAAGCCGUCGCGGCACAUCACCAUCCCUAUAUCCAUAAAAGAAUCCCUACCAUCUCCUUUACGGAUAAGGAUGCCGGCGGACUGGAUACCCCUCAUCUCGACCCACUGGUGGUCACUGAUGUUAAGUCAGGUUUUACCAAACUUUUAGACCUCUGCAAGUGCACAGAUCGCGGAAGUAUGGGUAUCGAACACAAGGACUGGCUAUUGAGUACACUUUGA